UCGUGGUGGCGGAGUGAGCGCCGGUAGGCGCGGCGCACGGGCCCUCCCGCCGCCGCCCGAAGUGCGCGGGGCGCCCCUCCCCCGAACCAUCGUCUGGCUCCUCCUCUGUCUGGGGCGCCAUCUCUUCCUCCCGGAGGACUCCCGUCUCCCCUUCGUCUGUGGAAGGCCAGCUGUGGGGGUCGGGCCCGGUUCAGCCUGUCAGACAGGCCCCCCAUGUGGGCGCGUCUCCCUGCGGGCCCUCAGGGCCAGGACACGGUUGCCCGCGGAGCGCCCCACACAGCCCUAGGCUCUGUUUUGCUUGGCUUCCGCCUUUCACAAGUACGGCCCACACGGUGUGAGUCACGCACAGCUGUCCCGUGUCAGCGAGCACGGUGUCUCGGGGUCCACGUCGGCUCCUGCCUCGGCCAUGGCGCAGACCAGCCCCUCGGGGUGCCCCUCUUGAGUCAACGUGACCUGGAGAUGGAGGGGACGGGCAGCCUGUUCUCACCCUGGCUCCCCCUCUCUCAGCUCCUCGGCUGACCCUGGAAGCCUGGGGUGGCUCCAAGAAGAUUCCCCACACAAUGCCAUCCCCACUGGGUCCCCCUAGUCUACCCUCUCUGGACCCUGAGGCCACCCCAGAGGAUCCCGAGAUGGCACGCCAGCACUUCCGGGGCUUCUGCUACCAAGAGGUGGCCGGUCCCCGGGCGGCCCUGGCCCGGCUGCAGUUUCUGUGCCGCCAAUGGCUACGGCCUGAGGCGCACUCCAAGGAGCAGAUACUGGACCUGCUGGUGCUGGAGCAGUUCCUGGGGGCUCUGCCCCCCGAGAUCCAGGCCUGGGUGCGAGGCCAGCAGCCAGGCAGCCCUGAGGAGGCCGUUGUCCUGGUCGAAGACCUGCAGCGUGACCCUCGGCAGCUCCUGGGCUGGAUUACAGCACAUGUCCUGCAGCAAGCUGUGCUCCCAGCCACGAAGAAGACAGAGGAGUUGGUUGGGGGUGUCCACCCCUCAGGGACAGUGGAGCUCCUCAGGGUAGCCUCUGGGGAGGGGCCAAAGGAUGCCCAGAUGGAGGGCAAUGCCCAGCUCAGCUGCAGUGUGAAGGAGGAGCCUGAUGGCUACGUGCAGGAGACAGGAGCAGCCCCUGACCCCUGCCUGCCUGGCUUCCUAGCAUCCUCCAGCCCCCCACCUCCAGCCCAGUCCUGCAAGGAGCAUGUCGAACAACAGGAACCGACAUCUGCACCCUUCCAGCCACCCCGGCUUCAGGAGUGGGGGCUCCUGGAGCCGUCCCAGAAGGAGCUGUACUGGGACGCGAUGCUGGAGAAGUACGGCUCGGUGGUCUCCCUGGCAGGGUUGCCGCACCCCCUGCCUGAGUCGCGUGAGACGUUGCAGCCGGAGGCCCUGAGCACCGGAUCCAGAUCCGAGGGGCGGAGAAACCUCCUACCGGGAGAUGACGGCGAGGGCCAGCCCGGCGGCCCUGAGGCCCCGCUGCCGCCGCCGCCGCCGCCACCGCCGCCGAGGAGCAAGCCCUACACGUGCGCUCAGUGUGGCGGCGCCUUCGACUGGAAGUCAGUGUUCGUCAUCCACCGUCGUGCGCACGCCAGCGGCCCGGGCACCGAGAAGCCGCCGGCCGGCCCGCCCCCGCGUGCGCUCCCGGGCCCGCGCGGCUACGCCUGCGAGGAGUGCGGCCACAGUUUCAGCUGGAAGUCCCAGCUGGUCAUCCACCGCAAGGGCCACACCAGCCAGCGGCGCCACCUCUGCGCCGACUGCGGCCACAGCUUCGACUGGAAGUCCCAGCUGGUCAUCCACCGCAAGAGCCACCGGCCCGAGGCCCCGUGAGCGCGGGAAGGGCGGCCUCCCUGUCCAGGCGCCGGCGUGGCCUGGAGACCUGGAGGCUGCCCAGGACCCUGGAGCAGGUCAGAGUCCCAGGGGGCCCCCUGCCCCCCUCAGUCUGCCGCGGGAGCUAAUGCUCCCUGUCUCCUGCCUCCCCUACCCCAGCUUUCUGAGAGGCCUGGCUGGGCUCCAGGCUUCCGCCAGCCCAGUGCCGCCAGGGGACUUGCAAGCUCCCACCGGUGACCUCGUGCGGGCUCCCCCGACCUCUGGGACCACUUGGCUUGGUGACCAGGCCCCUCCCGCUCCUCCUGCAGAAGCUGGGCCCGUGGUCUGAGUGUGGAUGGGCCAGGAAGCCCAGGAAAGCAUGGCCCGCUUCCGUCUGCAGCCAGCUGCAAAGCUGAAGUUUAUCCACUGUGCGUUUUAGAGUUUUAACAGAUUCCAGUUUUAAACUGGACAAGUUUCUGCAGAAGAAUCGUGAUGUCUGGUCUCUGCUGGUCGGAUCAGAGCACCUGCCCUCCCGCCCAGCCCCUGGAGCUGCUGAGCAGCCGGCCCCUGAGCCGGGCCAGCGUCCAGCCUGCCCGCUCCUUGGCUGCACUCCCCACUGCUGGCGUUGUUGUCCCUGCCUGAGUGGAUGUGAAGGGAACUUCUCUUCAAGGAUUUCUGGACAAGGAUGGGCUCCAAGAAGAGAUGUCACUUAGGCCUGCAGGCCAGCGGCUCAGGGCUGUGUCCCCACAGCCUGCACAGUGGGCCACCCCUGGUGGCCCUCUGGGUCCUGGGCAGCCGUUUAGGUCUUGGCUAGUGUCCUGUGGUACUUUCCUACUGCUGCGAUGGCUUGACACAACAUGUGUAUCCUCUUGGGACUCUGGAUUGGGUCUCCCUGGGCCCAAUCACGGUGUCAGCAGGGCUGGUUCCUUCUGAAGUCUCUAAGGGGGAAUCCACUGUAAGGGUUUUUCUGGCUUGUAGAGGCUGCUGUGCCCCUUGGUUUGUGGCCCUUCGCUACAUCGGCAGCGCUCGCCGUGGAUAGCGAGGUCCCAUACUGCCUCCUCCUUGUAAGGCCCUUGGGGCUGCAUCCAGAGUCUCUGGUAACCAUGGUGAUCCUCGUCUCAGGGUUGCACGUCUUCCACGUCCAUCCACCUUCCUGCUCUCAUCUGCGCAAGCCCUUUGCGUGUGAGGUGACAUUCACGGAUCCAGGGGUUAGGACGUGGACGUCUUGGGGGCUGUUACUUGGUGCACUUCGGCCUCCAUUCUGCUCUAAAAAGAGCAUUUCGUGGGAGGUGAUUUCAGGGAAACACAUGCACCCAAGGAUUGAGCCCCCCACAGCCUCGGGCACAUGCAGGGGUCGCAGGAGGGUGUUGAGUGCUGCAGCAACCAUCCUUACUGGGCAAGGUGGGGGACACAUGGACGGGGUUGGGGGAGCUUACUGCAGCCUGAAACUGGGAGGGAGAAGCCUUCACGCCGGGGACCCACCUCCUCCAUGUCCAGUCUUCUGGGACCUUUGAGCGGUUGACCAUACUCAGGCCCGGGGAAGAACUGCCAGGCUGGAGGUGGAACUGGGCACCAGUGAUCUCAUUACUGCAUCCAAGCUUGUGCUGCUCGCUGCAUGACAGGCCGGUGAAUCGAGAGCCUGAGUGGUUAGGGCAAGGAGUAGCGCCUGUAUUAAAAGAGCCAGCAAACUGAGACAAUGGAGACGUGUGCCCCAGAGAACCAUCCUGUCUGAGUUAAAAUCCAGGCUGCUCUUACACUGAAAGGGGAGGAAGUCAAGUCAAACAUUUCCUGGUUCAGAGGAGAUGUGUUCCUUUCCUCCUCCCUGUAGACACUCAUAGGUGGGUGUGGUCAGGAGGUCUCCUGUGAGCUAAAGGAAGGAAUUUUAGCUUAAAUGCUCACUACCUGGGAGUCAGGGCUCCCAGAGGUGGGCUAUUAUGUCUAAUUUAAGCUUAGAGGCAGCAUUCCUCUAGUGACUGACUCAGGUGACAGAAUUCAAAGGUUCUUCCUCAUUAUAACACAAUCUGGCUGGCAGCCAGCGGUGAGGUCUGUGCUGGGGUCAUGGAGGAAGGUGCCAGGCCAGGACCCAGCCACACAGAUGGUGAGGGGUCGGGGGGUGUGGUGGGGGGGUGGUGGUUGGGCAGCCUUCUUGGGAGAUUUUUCAUAUUUAAAAGUAGUUUCUGUUCACUUAGAAAAGUCUGAAAUAUACCCGAGGACAAAGAAGCUCACGAAAGUGGUCGCGGAUGCCACUGUUUUUCUCGGUGUUCACAGGGGUGGGGUUUUAUAGCGGGUUAAGUCCCUGCAUGUUGUUCAGAGCCCUGCUCUUCCCGCCCACCUCCCUGUGUUACUAAAAAUGUGACGUGUCAUGAUGCCUGGGUGGAGAUUCCACUUCCUGAGUUUCCACCAGGCCCCGACAGUUCCUCUCCCGCAGCUCCCGGUGCCGUGAGGACACACCUGAGCAGACUCUGCGGGCAACCUGUGUGUUUCCUCAAAACAGGCUCCUGCAGAGUGGGAGUGGCGAGUUUUCCCGAGUGUGGGAUUUCUGUUCUUGUUUUUUUCCUUUUCUUCUUGUUUUAAGAAAUAGAUUACAGUUCUGAGGUCAGGAGGCGGGCACAGUCUCAUUGCGCUAAAGUCCAGGUCCUGCUUUCCUUCUCUGAUCUCUGGGAGAACCGUUGCUACACUUUUCCACCCUAGAGGUGGCCUGCGUGCCGCGCUCACCGCCCUUCCCCAAACCUUCUAGGCUGGCAGUGGCCACUCAGCGCUCGCGGGGGCUUGCCCGAGCUCUCCUCUGCCCUCCUUUUCCACCUCUUAUGGACCCUCGUGAUGAUGCUGGGCCCACCUGCAUCAUCCUGAACAGUCCCCCAUCUGAGGGUCAGCUGGUGGGGUAAGGGGCUUUUAAAUUCUCCGCGGACUCAUCAGCAUCUUCCAGACACGUGGGCCCCGCCCGCCUUCCCUCGGGAUGGAAGGGCACCCAGCAGCAGAGACUCCAGAACGUCGUGGACUCGCUUUUCCAACCCUCCUUUUCCACCCUGCAGGCAGAGCUCAGGAGCCCUGUGUCUCCACGAACAGCAGGCAGGCUCUGCCCCACCCACGUGCUCGGGUGUGUGGCGUCUCCAGGGGAGCGGUGUGUGUGUCGCCCUGUUGUCGCGGCCUCGCGCAUGACGGAGUCACAUCUGUCACCGUCUUCCAUGGGCUUUAGACCGCUCGUCCCAGCCAGCUCCACAGCACGGUCACCCUGCCUCUUGCCGUUGUAACUGGGCCAAGCCUCCUCGGCCAGCCUCCCGGGCACUCCGCACCCCAGCAUCACCUGGGCUGCUUCUGGGCUGAGACCAUGGGCGGCAUCUUCCCACCCGGUUCCAGCUGCUCGCCUCCCACCCCUUCUCAUCUGGUCCUCGAGGCCACUGAGAGCCUCCGUCCUCAGCUGGUCCUCUCUCCAGCCCCGUCUCCUUCCUUGGCCUUUGCUCCCAAGUUAAAUCUGCUGGAGGUGACCCAGUGGUUGGCAGAGCAGAAAUCUGUCGCGAGUCUGUCUGACAUUCGCUCCGGUGGGUGUAGGAGGGAGGCUAAAAGUAAGGCCUGAUUCUGGUGCCUCCUAACACCUGAAACCAGGAGUGCCUCAAAGGGCAGUUAGCAAAUCCCCUUCCCCCGCCCUCCAUACUGCUCCUGGUAAGAGCCCUGAGUCAAACAGCUUCCCUCAAGUGACUAAUUCCCCCCCAAGCCAGCAGUCACCCCAAUAAGCCAGUCACACCCUCAGCAGGAGUCAGGGGCCCCCCCAGCCUCUCUUGACUACAAAGCCUGCCUCCCCCUGGUCCCGCAGGCACGUCACCCUGUGUAGUGGGAGGUGCUGCCCUCCCCAGGCUGAGAUCACCUUCAUCUGUUGUGUGUUCGGCUAUCUCGGUAGCCCUAGGGCUGGUUGAACAGGAGAUGGUUACAACACUGGGGCCAGGAGCAGGCUGCUCACCACAGGCGUCAUGGCACUUGAUGAAGAUGCUCCAUAGCCAGGUAGGGUACCGCACCCCAAAGCUGCUGAGCAAGGGUGGGGCAGGCGGGGAGAGCGGGGCAGGGAGAGCAGGGCGCUGGCCUGGGGCACAACUUUGAAGGGACGCCACAAACUCAGCCAGCAAGGUAGGUAAAGACUUAAUAUUCUAAAAAAUAAAAAUGCACACGUUGUAAAACAUUAAAUUGCAGUGUAGAGAUUUCUUAGCAGCUUUAUGGAGACCCUGUGCCAUGCAAUUCACUCCUUGCCGGUAUACAAUGCAGUGGUUUUUAGUGUAUUCACAGAGCUGUGCCUUCAUCGUCACAGGUUUAGAACUUUUUCUCACAUUACCCAAAGCACACACCCGUGUUGUCAGUCCCCCAAGUCCUCCUCCCCCUGCCCCUGGCAAUCACUGGUCUCUUUUCUGUCUCUGUGGAUCUAUCAGAGCUGUUCUUUUUUUGCUGCUGCUAUUUAAUAAUAGACCAUUUACGCAUUUAGCACAUUUGGUUUAUCCAUUCCUAAGUUGUCUGGACACUGGGUUGUUUGCAGGUUUGGGGACUGGGAAUAAUGCAGCUAUGAACAUUCAUAUGCAAGAGUUGGUGUGGACAUAUGUCUUUAUCUCAGGUAUAAGAUAACUGUGAUAAUUGACCUUAUGCUAACUCCACAUGUAACCUUGAGAUGACUUUGUUUUCUGUUUUGCGCUGGGUCUUUGUUAUGGUGCGUGAGUUUCUCUCUAGUUGUGGCACCUGGGCUCAGUAGUCAUGGUAUGCGUGUUGCCCCCAAGGCACGUGGUGUGGGAUCUUAGAUCGCCAACUAGGGAUCGAACCCCUGUCCCCUGCAUUGGCAGGUGGAUUCCUUACCACUGAGCCACCAGGGAAGCCCUCCAUCUUUUUUUUUUUUUUUUUUAAUAUCCACAAACAUCUGUUGAGGUGGACACGAUCCUCAGUCCCAUUUUACAAUGAAGGAAACCAGUGCUUGAGAGGCAAGUGGUUCUAGGCAUUGCCCAGGCCACCCAGCCUGGAAGUGGCCAGCUGUCAAUCCAUGCUGCAGGCUCGGGGACCCACAGACCCAGGUUCCUGUCCAGCACGCGUCCCCCUCUCCCCAUGUGGCUCUCUGGGUUCCCAGCACACGCUCUUCUCUCAAGAGGAAAUGCAGUGACAGCCUCAGCAGCCAGGGCCCCUUGAACAGGGCCUUACCAGGGGGUGUGGCCACAGCUUAACCCCACUUGCAGCACGGCACGUGCCUGAGAAGUGGGUGUAUCGGUUGGCGGGGGCAGUUUGGCACAGGAGCCCAGGGACGCCUGGAGAGCAGAGUUCAGCACAAGACAUGGCAGGAGCAGCUGACCACAGCAGGGCUGUUACCAGCACAGCUGCCCCUGCUGACGUCAGCCGGCCUGUGGCUCCCGCAGUGCCCCGAAGGUGCUUCCGGCCCCAAGACACCAUGACCUCCAUUCUCCAGAAGCCUUGCCUCUGGCCCUUGUCAGAUUGCCCCUCACAGCACUUCUCCCCACACCCUCCAGACCACGUCCUCGUCUGCAGCCUGGCCCAGCCCCGACAGAGGCCACA